GACUAUCAUAGCCUUUCGUCCUACAGCGAAUUUGGUUAUUUGCAAGUGCUACGUGUAAACAAAUUUUGCAACGUAUUAUCGACCCAUAUUUACUCUAAGUAGGGCAGAAUGUUAGUGUCUGUUUUUAUUCAUUUCGCGUUAUCAUUAGGUCAUAAUGCAAUUGUAAUACCGGAAACGCCCUUUAUUUCUUUCUAUGCUACGUGUUGUACUGAGAGGUGGUAACUUGCUAUAUAAAAGAUAUUUAAUGUUAUUUGAUCGGCAUUUUUCCUUUCAAUUAGCGAGUAGUAAUUAAUUUAAUACUACUAAUUAAAUUCCCCGGCUUUAUUGACCAAAUAUCAGUAAAAUGGCAAGUGAGAGCAGUUCAGCGGUAUUAGAUCUCAAUGACGACCCAACGGAAGACACAGAUGCCCCGAGCGUCACCGAAGGCACCCAGGAUGCAUCUCCACUUAUUAUGGAGCAUGGAUAUGAUAUUGCUGUUAAGGUGGACGCCCCAAUGAAGCAGCUCUCAACUCUAGAAACGUUCGUCACAUACCGCGUCCGUUGCGUGUGUGCGCGUUGGCCCACGCCUCCUCACGUGCGUCGCCGGUACAACCACUUUAAGGUACUCCACCGUCGCCUAACGAACGCUCACGCUUGGCUAGCGCCGCCGCCUCUGCCGCCAUUACACUCGGCGAGACAACAACUUGACCGCUACGAACCGUCCUUCGUGUUACUACGCGCUAUGGCGCUUGACGCUUUCCUUAAUCGCGUCGCAAAACAUCCGAUUCUAACACAUAGUGAUGAUUUCCGUCUAUUUCUUACCACUCCGGAUGAAGAAUUAGACAAGGUAUUCAAAAGUGAGAGCAGUGCUCUCAACUUGUGGGGCUUAAGCUCUUUGUACAGCGGCGGCGAGGCUAAACCUGCCAAUGGGGCCAGGGUGAAGGAUCCUGAAUUCAGCUCGGCCGGGGAUUACCUGCAGUCGCUACAGCAGAAACUUACAUCGCUCUGCGCUCUCACUACCAAACUGUAUAAGGGGUCCACCUCACUAGGCACUGAGCUUAUUGGAUUAAAGCGCGUUUGCGACGCGUGGUCCGUCCGCGAGCGCGGCCGCGUGGCGUCCGCCGCGGCGGGCGUGGGCGCGGGCGGCGGCGCGGCGGGCGCGGCGCGGGCGCGCCCAGGGCUGCGGCACCGCGCCACGCUGCCGCUGCUGGCGGCCUACGCCGCCGCUCAUGCCGAGAAGAUACGCCAGAGAGACGCUCUACACGCAACAUUUGUGGCGGGCAACAACUCUGAUGAACUCCAUAACAGGUUAGAACAAGCAUCCGAAGCAAUCCGCUCCGAACUCUCUGACUGGAUCCCAAAAACCCACUCCGAGAUCAAAGCCUCUCUCGAGCUUGCCGACAGGCAGGUAACCCUCCACUCCCAAACCCUGCAAGGCUGGGAGAACGCUCUCAAGCUCUCCACAGAGACCAAUCUCGAGCAACUCUUCAAGACGGUCUCCAAGACCGCUGUACAGAAUCUCAGCCCGUCCAAAUGCAGGUCUGUCACCCCAACUGAAACUGAGAAGGACUUCGAUGAUAUUGACAUAGAGAAUAUGUCCAAUGACUCGGAUGAUAAGGAACAGGUAGCUGUGUCAACGGAGCAAAGUUCUAAAUCGGAUGACCGGAGUGAUCCAUUACAGGAGUUUUCUGAAGUGAACUUGUCGUGAUAUGAUUCUCUGUUUUUGAAUGUUGUGAAGGAUAUGCAUUGAUUCAGGUUGUAAUCAAGGCAGGGAAAUUAUUGUAACAGGAAACGAUGUCCAUUUUUUUUGGCACUGGUUCCACCAAAAGCAAGGUAUGAGCCAUAGAGUAUAUUGAAUAGUAUGGUAUAGAGUUAUCAGUCAAGAUUUUCUAAUGCAGCGCCAUCUAUAAUUAAGUUACUACAACUUUUCAUGUGACUUUCCAUGCCUAAAGGUUCCUUUUAGAACAUAAAGCAUGCGCACCCUUUAAACGUGGAACGCCACAUAUUUAUGGCGGGAUUUCUAAAUAGGUCAUUCAUCAACUAGUCACAUUAAUAAGUAUUUGAAUGCUAACUUAUUUGUUAAAUAAGAUGACAUUAACAAAAUUUACAAUUUAAUUAGUCAUAGAAUGCCGUUCGCUAGUUUGCGGGUGGUACAGCGACAUCUA